AUGGAAGCCCUUGUGAAGGUCGUAUCUCAAUUACAUAAGCAGUGGGGGAUUGAUUGUAAACCUAAAGAUUUUACUCUUGCAGUUGCGAGACUUUUACAAAUUGGGGUCAUUGACCGGCCGGUGGAUAUUCUCCACCCUGAAGUGUGGGAGAAGUGCACUAAAGCGUUAGCUGAGGAGACGAUGUCCUCGGGUCGUGGGAAAAACCUUAAAUCAUGGGGAAAAGUGGUACAUGCCCUGCAGAAAGCUAUACAAGAGCAGGAGACCUGGAGGGCAGCAAAGAGCUGUCUGCUGGCCACUCCGAAAUUGGGAGUCGGGGCAGCCACACAGACUUUGCUCCCCCCAGACGCUGGUGAUUCUGCUGAGCCUAAAGAUCUGCAAGAGGGCGACGCGUCCCCUCAAUCCCCAAACCUCGACCCGCUUACGGAAGGACAGAAACAAGCUAAAUCCUUCUGGGGUGCGCUAGCCGAGGAGGCCAGAAGCACCGCAGAAAAAUCAGAACCUAAAGAAACCUGGACUACGCCACCGCCCUACGCGCCCCAAGAUGGCGCCGAGCACAAAGAAGAAGGGCGGGGCGAGAAUGCCUCCGGCGGGAACAGGGAGGAAGCGCUAAAAUCAACAAGCGCACACAAACAAGAAGGGGAGGAGAACGAGGAGGAGAAAAGCAGCGGGGACGAACGGGGAGAGAAGGGGGGCGUGAAUGAGGGGCGGAAACCCAAUCAGAGCGGCUAUCGGAAAAAAUGCCCUCAUAGGGCAAACACCCUGUCGAUCAGAAGGUACCGGAACCCGGAAGUAACCAGUCAGUCGAGUUCCGACUCCGGAUCAGACACUUCGUGGGACGAGUGGCUUACAACUGGUUCGAACUUAGAGGAGAAGGAAACGAAGAUAAACAGAGUCAAGAGCCAAAAUAUUCCCAUCCAAAUUAAAGAGGAACCAGGAGGGGGAGAAAUCCCUCUCACGUACUGGAGGAAAAUAAAGACCGCAUGCGCUGACUGGGCCUCAUCAGCCGCGCUAGCAUUCCCAGUCUGGGUGACGGAUGGGGGUCAAAGGGUCCACUUGCCAAUAAAUCCUAAGGAUAUACAAACAAUUGUUAAAGCAAUCGCAGACAAAGGGCUCAAUUCUGCCUUGGUUUCCACCCUAAUAGACGGGAUUUUCGGAGGAGACGAUAUGCUCCCAUUCGAUAUAAAACAGACUUGCAGACUGAUCUUUGACGGGGCAGGAAUGAUUGUUUUUAAACAAGAAUGGGAGGACAACUGUACGAGGCAACUAGCCCGAGUAACCGGGGCGGACCAUCCACUACACGGCUCCAGCCUACAGCGGCUAAUGGGUACAGACCCAACAAUGAUUACCCCCCAUGCGCAAGCCCAGGGCUUGCGGGCCCAUGAAGUUAUGACAACUACUCGUGCGGCCAGAGAAGCUAUCCGUGUAGCCUCCAGAGUUGUCGCCAAGCCAUCGCCAUGGUCCACAAUAAAACAGAAUGAAAGUGAGAGUUUUACACAAUUUGUAGAUCGUCUCCAGGCAGCGAUCGACUCCUCGACCCUGCCUGUGGAAGUAAAAGGCCCAGUCCUUGCAGACUGCUUGCGCCAACAGUGUAAUUCGAAAGCCAAAGAAAUCUUACGAUCUCUGCCAGCGGGAUCAACUAUCGCGGACAUGAUUAAACGUGUCGCGAAUGAAGAACAUCUAGCCCCGAUUCAAGCUGCUGUUCGCACUGCAAUAGCUAAUAUGAUGCGUCCCCUUUUUGAUCGAUACUGGAGCAGACGUUACCGUUAUCCCCGAAACGAACUGGCCCCCACACUGGAAAUUGGAAGAUGCCCCCUUGGUGGGUGGAGUCGGAGGAUUAACUCGAGCUCGGAGAAGCGCCCAAUUAAUAGCAAUUACGCUUCACACAGAAAAAGGACCAGAGAAAACCAUCAACCUUUUCCCAUAUGUCAUGUCAGGAGUCCCACCCCUGUUGGGAAGGGACGCUCUGGCUCUAUUAGAAGCCAGGGUGACAAAUUUACCAUAAAGGCCACUGCUACACACCCACUUCUACCAAUUAGACUGACGUGGAAAUCGUCCGACCCAGUGUGGGUCGAGCAGUGGCCCCUGUCGAAGCCUCGAAUGGAUGCUCUUCUUGAACUAAUCGACCGCGAACUACAACGAGGCCAUAUAGAGCCUUCUACUAGCCCAUGGAACACCCCAGUCUUUGUAAUACCCAAACGGUCGGGUGAGGGGUUUCGCCUCCUCCAUGACCUACAUAAGGUAAACGAGAAAAUUCAACCAAUGGGUCCCGUCCAAACGCUGUUACCUAUGAACUCUAUGAUACCAGAGGGACAGCCUUGCGCUGUUCUCGACAUUAAAGACUGUUUCUUUUCGAUACCCCUGCAUGAGGAGGAUAGAGAACGAUUUGCCUUUUCCGUCGUGUUCCCAAAUAGCCAACGCCCCAAUUUACGCUUCCAGUGGAAAGUACUACCCCAAGGAAUGAUUAACUCACCUACUAUCUGCCAAAUAACGGUAGAUUGGGCACUGGCACCGGUUCGACGCAGCGACCCGACUGCAACUAUCAUUCAAUAUAUGGAUGAUAUUUUGAUCGCCGCACCGUCAGGGAGUCAGGUGGACCAGCUGGUGUCGACAAUUUCAGACACUCUAAAAACAAACGGGUUCAAAAUCGCGAGUGCAAAAAUUAAAAGAGGACCAUGUGUAAGUUUUUUAGGAAAUCCUCUUUUUUAUGGAAAUCCUCUCUGGAAAAUGAUGCAAGCUAGCUACCAGGUAUUGAACAAAACUAAUCCAAACCUUACAGAGCAUUGCUGGUUAUGCUACGGAAGAAAACCACCUUUUUAUGAGGCUGUAGGAAUAACGGACAUGCCUUUACAGUCAAAUGGCAUAAAUCCGGCCCAAUGUAUAUGGGACACAGAAAAACAAACCAUUACAUUGACACAGGUGGUGGGAAGUGGCAUGUGUGUAGGCAAAGUCCCAGAACACAAUAAACAACUAUGUAUUGGUAAGGCACGGUAUAAAACCCCUGCAAAGUGGUUAGUACCGGCCGAAAAUGCCAAGUGGAUUUGUUCCACUGUUGGACUUACACCUUGUUUGUCCUUGGAAAUAUUUGAUGAAUCCUCAGAAUAUUGUGUCCAGGCGUCUAUAGUCCCUAAGAUCUUUUACCAUCCUGAAGAAUAUGCCUAUGACUCAUAUAUUACCCCAGGACAUCAUCUGUCAAAACGGGAACCCUUUACGGUACUAACGAUAGCUACUCUGAUGAUCAUAGGAGGUGCAGGACUAGGCACAGGAGUAACAUCCCUGGUACAACAGAGCAAAGAAUUCAGCGCCCUGAGAGUGGCAGUAGAUGAGGACAUGGCUAGAAUUGAACAAUCAAUAACUGCAUUAGAACAAUCAAUUACAUCAUUAUCGGAAGUCGUGUUACAAAAUCGAAGAGGAUUAGACCUGGUUUUCUUACAGCAAGGAGGGUGCGCUGCACUAAGAGAAGAGUGUUGUGUAUAUGCGGACCACACAGGAGUAGUGAGAGACACUAUGGCCAAAUUGCGAGAGGGAUUGGAAAAGCGAAAAAGGGAACGAGAGGCACAACAAGAUUGGUUUGCAUCAUGGUUUAACCACCCACCAUGGCUAACCACCCUGAUAUCUACCUUGAUAGGGCCAAUCGCAAUGAUCAUGAUGGCACUGAUCUUUGGACCCUGUCUAUUGAAUAGAAUCGUGUCGUUUGUUAGAAGCCGACUAGAGAGCGUUAACAUUAUGUUAGUAGAACGCCAGCAACUGCUUUAAGAAUAGUGAGUAGAUAUAUAUAUUUAAAAAU